ACAUACAGAACAGCACUUUCACUUCCUCCAGCUGCAGCAGCAGGAGGCUGAGGUGUGGUUCCACACAGCGGUACCCGUCACUAGUAAACUGUUUACAGCAUUUUGGCGUGGAAGCAGUACUACGAUGUGACUGUUGUGUGAUAAAUAUGGGUCAGAUGGAAGAAGCCAAAGUGUCGUGCCUUAGCCUUCUCACCUACCACAGAGAGCUGCUGGUGUCCAGGCUGAGGAGCAUUCAGUGCAUCCUCGACAACCUGUUGGCAUGUGGCUUCCUCUGUGAAGAGGAUGUUGAGAUUGUUCAGAGAACUGUCACUAAGACAGAUCAGGUGCGCAAAAUCUUGGAGCUAGUGCAAUGCAAGGGGGAGGAGGCCUGUGAAUACUUCCUUUUCAUCAUAUAUAAUGUCCACGAUGCAUACAUACACCUCCAGCCAUGGCUGAAAGAGAUCAAUUACCAACCAAGCAAAGACGUUACGGUGAUGAAAGUGGUUAACACUGAUCCUAUCAGCAGGUACUGUGAGAAGCUGAGACAUGAAAUGAACCGGGACACCAGCUUCAUCAUGUCGUAUGGCCAGAAAGAGGAGACCCGGCUGGAAGACCUCUACACUGACACUGUGAUGGAAGUGUUGAACAACUGCAAUGAAAGUCUGGGUUUCUUAGAGAGCCUGGACCAGCUCCUGGGAGACAACUCAGUUUUCAAUUCCCAAGGUGAAAUCAUCUAUGUAAUGGGGGAUGCUGGUGUGGGAAAAUCCAUCCUUCUGCAGAAGCUUCAGAACCUCUGGUCCAAGAAGGAGCUGCACACAGAUACAAUCUUUUUCUUCAAGUUUCGUUGUAGGAUGUUCAGCAUCUUCAAGGAUACAGACCAGAUCUCCCUUAGAGAUCUUUUAUUCAAGCACAACUGCUACCCAGAUCAUGAUCCAGACAAUGAAAUCUUUGAUUACAUCCUGCGCUUCCCUGAAAAGGUUGUAUUUACCUUUGAUGGCUAUGAUGAGAUUCAGGAGCAUGUCGACCUGAUGAAUGUUCCUGAGGUGGUGUCACCAGAGGACAAGGCUAACCCCCUCCAGUUGCUCAUCAGCUUGCUCUGUGGAAAACUACUCAAGGGCUCAAAGAAGGUGCUGACAGCCCGAACAGGGAUUGAGAUCCAAAGUACAGUGAUCCGAAAGAAGGUCAUGCUGCGUGGGUUCUCCCCAGCUCACCUAAAGAUUUACAUAGAUCUGCACUUUAAGGAGCAGGAGCACAGAGACCUGGUGUCAGUUCAGCUGAAUGCUAGUCCCUACCUCUGUGGCCUGUGCUCCACACCGCUGUUCUGCUGGAUUGUAUUCAAGAGCUUUAGGCACCUACAUACAAUGCACGAUAAUUUUCAUCUGCCUGAUACCUGCAUCACACUCACUAAUAUCUUUCUCCUGCUGUCUGAGGUGUUCCUCAGUCGCUUAGCCUCACCUGCACCGUCUUUGCUGAAGAAAAGCACUCGCUGCACCUCAGAGACAUUCACAGCAGGGCUCAGGCCCCUUGCUGCAUUUGCCAAGCUAGCACUUCAGAGUAUGGAGAGAGGUAGCUUCAUUUGCAACCAAGAGGAGAUCAGUGCUUGUGGUCUGACAGAAGAGGACCUGCCCCUGGGGUUUCUUAGACCUGUUCAUGAGAUUGAUGGCAAUGGAAGCCCUGCUACGUUUGAAUUCCUCCACAUCACCCUCCAGUCUUUCUUGGCAGCAUUUGCUCUUGUGUUGGAUGAGCAAGCUGCUGCCAGCUCUAUCCUUAAGUUCUUCAUGGAGUGCAGCAGGAAAAGGCAACCGUUCUGUCUGCCUGUUGAUUUCUGUAUCGGUAGCUCCUCAAAGCCCAGUGAAAAGAAGCCGUUUGCACCUAACGAGCACCUUCAGUUCACUAAUUUGUUUCUGUGCGGGCUGCUGUCCAAGACUAACACAGGCCUGAUGGGACAUCUGUUAUCUCCUAUUUUAUUAAGGAAAAAACAGGCCUUGCUGAAGUCUUACCUGUCUACCAGUGUCAAGUCCCACCUGCAUGGUUUACCCCACCACAGUGCUAGUGAUGGCAAAGCAGUUCAUGUUUUGGGCAACUUCCUUUGGAUGCUGAGGUGCAUCUUUGAGACAGGGAGCAAAGACAUUGCUCAGAUGACAGCGAAAGGCAUCACAGCUGAAUUUAUCAAGCUGGGUUACUGUAACGUGUACUCAGGUGACUGCACUGCCCUGAACUUUGUACUACAGCAUCGUAAGAAACUCCUGGGGGUCGACAUGGACAACAACAACAUCAGUGACUAUGGAGUGAUGCAACUCAAGCCGUCCUUUUGCAAGAUGACAGUAGUGAGAUUGUGUGUCAAUCACCUGUCAGACAGCAGCAUUGAGAUCCUUGCAGAGGAGCUGCGCAAACACAAAGUUGUGAAAACUUUGGGGCUUUACAACAAUCACAUCACAGAUGCUGGAGCCAAGCUGGUUGCUCAGAUAAUUGAGGAAUGCCCAAAGCUGCGAAUUGUCAAGAUUGGCAAUAACAAGAUCACUAGUGUUGGUGGGAGGUAUCUGGCUAAUGCAAUCCAGAAGAGCACUUCAAUAUUUGAUGUGGGGAUGUGGGGGAACAGUAUCGGUGAUAAGGGAGCCGAAGAAUUUGCUCAGGCUUUGAGGAACCACCCAAGCCUUACCAACCUCAGUUUGUCAGCCAAUGGUAUCACAUCGAAUGGCGGGAAGUGUCUGGCAGAAGCACUGAAAGAAAACAAGGUCCUCCGGAUAUUCUGGUUGGUGCAGAAUGAGUUGACUGACGUUGCAGCUCCACACUUUGCAGAACUGAUCCAAGCAAACACUGGUUUAAGCCACCUCUGGUUAAUCAGCAACCAGUUCACUGUGGAUGGAAUUAGACACCUCGCUGAGGCACUUACUCACAACACGGAACUCAAAGAGAUAUGAUAAUAUCACAUGAUAUACACGUGAAGCAGCCUGGAUGUGCACAAAGCUCUCCUUGAUGAUUAUCAGCAGAGGACAAGCAGUGAUGGAAAGUAUUGGGUCCACUGGUGAAAGGUGUAUGGGCAUACAAUGUCUUUCAGUAAGAAACACCCUGAACCUAGCUUAAAAUUCUGAUACAGGCUGGACUAACGGUGCAAGAAUGCUUACAACUAAGCAGUAGGGAAAAAGUUUGCAAGUCUGCUGUGUAGAAUUUCUUUUGGAUUGGGUGUCAGUUUUGGAUUAUUGUGUUUUGUUCCACCUGUAGCAGAGAAGCUUGUUGACUUCAGGAGUGCCUUGAUUUGUAGCUGACUAGCUUCUUAUACACAGUUAUAAGUAGUUGUAAAGAAGUAGUAAAAACUUACUAGGUUUUGUUUAAAGAUAAAAACAAAGCACAGACGGAUUUUAUUUUUUUUUCUUUUGUGCAUUUGCAGUCAGCUGAGUUAGCAUCCAAUCAGUAUAUCAUUAUUGGAUAUGUCUAGAGAUUCUUGAUGAUUAUUGCAGGGUGUGCAAGGAUGUGUUUUGAACAAAUGCCUCAUGGUGUCUGAUCAUGUUCCCACAGCGCGAAAGGAAACCAACUCUCUGAAGAGGAAGAGAAAGAAUUUCAGUCAGAGAAACGUCUGCGGUUCAACUGACUGGGCCCGCGAGUCAGACGUGCACGUGCUGUGUUAUAUCUGUAUCUCAGAAAACAUGCAGUGUGUGUUCACUGUAUGUAGACAGUGUUAGCAGUAGCACACUGAUUUUCUCUAAUGUUACACAUUCUGCUUUUACCUAAUACUGUGGGCAUGGAAUUCUGUCGAUUGUGCACUUGCUAACCCUUUCUAACUUUUUGCUCUGUACAGAAUGUAUUUCCUGUUUCAUGUCAGGGAAGUUUACUUUGAAAUUUUGCCAUAUUGUUACAGAUAAAAACAGGAAGUGAAAAUGGUAACGACCAUGCUGACUUCCUUCCAUGCAUAUUUUUUUUUUUUUGUAUUAUUACAUACAAACAAUAUACACUGUAAAGAACUUUUAUUAUUUAACUGUUACCCAAGAUGCUGUCAGUUUUCCACAUACAAUAAAAGUAAUUUGUCAUUUGUGCAAUA